GUAGUGCGAGUGAACAAACAUGCCGCAAACAUAUAAGGGUGUCGCAUAUGCUGGCGUAAAAUCGAAAAUCACCGAGACCAAGAACCCAACAUGGUGGAAAAGGCGUACAAGUAUGGAGCGUUGCCUCACGUUAUCUACCGCAGUAGCUUUUGUCAUUGGAAUCUCAUUAGUCGUAGCACUUGCCACUGUAUUAUAUAGUAGGAAUAGACAAGUUACCAGAACGCAUUUUGAAGCACUUCAGAGCAACACAGUUGUAAUAAACGCCCCCGAUGACAGCACAACCGAAAGAGUAUGCGUAUCUCCAGGCUGCAUCCACACCGCUUCCAGGGUCUUGGAGUACAUGGAUCCAAGCGUCGACCCCUGCGACGACUUCUACGAAUUCACCUGUGGCAACUUCCUGAAGAAAACCAACAUUCCUGAUGACAAGUCGUCCGUCACCUCUUUCAGCAUCAUCAGCGACAUGUUACAGGAACAACUCAGGACCAUGAUCGAAGAACCUAUAGACCCGGAUGAACCUAAACCUUUCCAACUGACUAAGAAGCUGUACCGGGCCUGUAUGAACAAAACUCUGAUUGAAAAUGAAGGUCUGGAGACGAUUCACUUAAUUUUGGGUGAGCUCGGGGGAUGGCCCGUGUUGGAAGGUCCGAUGUGGAAAGAGGCAGAUUUCGAUUGGAGGAAGUCCGUGUAUAAGUUUAGAAAAGUUGGUUACAGUGUGGAUUAUUUCAUAGACUUUUCCGUAGGAGUAGACGUCAAGAACUCCACUAAGAGAAUCAUAGAUUUGGAUCAAGCCUCCUUAGGUCUACGAAGGGAAUUCCUCACCAAGGGCUUGGACGAUAAAAUAGUGAGGGCCUACUAUAACUACAUGGUUGAUAUCGCAGUUCUUUUCGGGGCGGAUAGAGAAAGGGCCGUAAGGGAACUAAGGGAGUCUCUAGAAUUUGAAAUGAAGUUGGCAAACAUUUCGCUGCCAAGCGAAAAGCGCAGAAACGCGACAGCUCUCUACAACCCCAUGACCAUCGAAGAACUGCAAUCAAAAUUCCCAAGCAUUCCGUGGACAGAGUACAUGAAUACUCUUCUUGCUCCAGACACCAGAGUCACCAACGAUGAAACAAUCGUCGUCAGCGUACCCUCUUAUAUAAAGAAUUUUGAGGCCCUUGUCAGCAGAACACCGAAAAGAGUGCAAGCAAACUAUGUCAUGUGGAGAGCCGCCGCUUCCUCUGUAUCCUAUCUUACAGAUAAAUUGAGAAAACGCCAACUUGAUUAUACAACAAUCGUAACUGGAAGGACGGAACGAGAGGCCAGGUGGAAAGAGUGCAUCGAUAUUUCCGCUGGAAGUUUGUCCAUCGCAUCUGGAGCUUUAUACGUCCGAAAAUAUUUCAACGAAGAAGCUAGACAGAACGCCAAGGAAAUGGUAGCGGAUAUCAGGGCGGAAUUCCAGGACAUCUUGAAUAAUGUAGAUUGGAUGGACGACGAGACCAGGCAAAACGCUUUGGAUAAAGCAAAAUCUAUGGCCACCCAUAUCGCUUAUCCCGAUGAAUUAUUGGAUGAUAAUAAGCUGGAAGAAUUCUACGAUGGGUUGGAACUGGAUCCUGAACAAUACAUGAGGUCCAUUCUGAAUCUAACACUGUUUGGUACACGAUUUUCCUUCAAACGUUUAAGACAACCUGUGAACAAAACUGACUGGAUUACUCAUGGCAGACCAGCAGUCGUCAACGCUUUCUAUUCAUCAAUUGAAAACAGCAUCCAAUUUCCCGCUGGAAUCCUCCAAGGUGUCUUCUUCAACGCCGACCGUCCAAGAUACAUGAACUACGGUGCCAUUGGUUUCGUAAUUGGGCACGAAAUCACCCAUGGUUUCGACGAUCAAGGAAGACAGUUCGACAAAAAUGGUAACCUGGUGGACUGGUGGCAAGAAGGAACCAAAAAGGCUUUCGUUGAAAAGGCCCAAUGCAUCAUUGAUCAGUAUGGAAACUAUUCAGUGCCCGAACUCAAACUUAAUUUGAACGGCAUUAACACACAGGGAGAAAAUAUCGCCGACAACGGCGGUAUAAAGGAGGCGUAUUUAGCUUAUAAUAGAUGGGUAGACAGAAAUGGUGAAGAACCGUACUUGCCUGGUCUUAGGUACACAGGUCGACAAAUGUUUUGGGUGUCCGCAGCCAGUAUCUGGUGCUCGGAAACGAGAAACGAAGAACUGCAACAGUUAAUAGUGACCGACGAACACGCGCCAGACAAAUAUAGGGUCAUUGUUCCGUUGUCUAACAUGGAAUACUUCGCGAAAGAUUUCAAAUGCCCAGUCGGGUCGAAGAUGAACCCUGAGAAAAAGUGUAGCAUUUGGUAGAAACUUAUGUAAAUUGAACACGCUUCAAUUUCUGAUUGUGUAGAGUAGAACGUAAAAUACCGCACACACACUAAAAAAAUAUCAUGAAAUCUCUCGAGCUAGAAAACAAUACACAAUAUGAGAUAAAAUUUUGAUAAGGGUCACGUUGUAGGAAAUAUAACUUGGGAAAAGAGUGAGUGACUGAGUAGGUACUUAAUUUAAAGUUAUUAAAAUAAAAACGUGGAAUAAAAUAACUUUGGAAUAUUUAUUAUAAGUAUAAAUGUUUUGAUCGAAUAGGAAAUAAACUAAGACACUUUUUAUAUUCGAAACUUCUGGGCAAUUUAAAUCUUUUUAAAUCGUAGAUUGGCUUUAUGUUCGACAAAAUUUAUGAAGAGAAGCGGACACUUUUCUCAGUGCGCUGUUGUGUAUAUAAAAUUUUGAUGAUUCACGUGAUGCUCCAGCACAUUUUCGUCCUUAUUUUCGAUAGUUCCAGUAUAGGAAGUACAAUCAAAAUUUAUUAUGAACUAAAAACCAUUAUUAUUUAAAAAAGAAACCUCAAAUUAUGCUGCAUACGCCAGAGCUAAAUGCCAAAGCCAAAGCUAAAAUCUUAGCUUUGGUUGUCUUUAAAUUAUUACAUAAAGAUUAUUUUAUUAUAGUCUAUUUUUAUAAGAUUUCUUUUAUAAAGAAGUACGCAAAUUUUUUUCUUAUUGGAGCUAUCUGAAAUAACGCUAGUGUCACAAGAUCGACAUCUCUGUACGUAUUUUACCUCACACUUUUUAUUAGGCAUAAUUGUACAUAUUUAGUUGUUAACAGUAUAUAAGUUUUGUAAAAUUAUUUUAUUUAUAUUUAGGUAUGUUUAAUAAAAACUAGUUUUUAUA